CUGGUCUGGACAAAAAAGGCUGAGUGAAUUAAAUUACAUCACCGCUAGCUUUGUCCAUUACCAGGAUUUUAACUGGUCCUCAUUCAUCAGCUAGUCCACACUUACUAAACGGUGAAUUAGGGAGAUAAAAAGAAGAGUGCAGACACCAUUAUGUUACAGAUGUCAAAUAAAUACUGGCAAAUAAAUUUUAUUAUCACUCACAAAUGACAUUCAUCCACGUGCUAAUUGGUUUCUCAACAGGAACUUGAAACAAAGGAUUCAGGACAGUUGCAUACAGGAAUUGAGGACGAUGCAGGUGGUACUGGCUCUAGUUCUCCUCUGUCUCCCACUACUGAGGGCCAAGGUGGGAAACAUGAUCAUCAGGAAGGGCGAUUACUGCUCAGGACCACCGGGUAUUUCCGGGAGCCCAGGAUUACCUGGACAUAACGGGGCCAACGGAAUACCGGGGGAGAGAGGACCUACAGGGGAGAGGGGAGACCCAGGCCUGCCUGGGAUUCAGGGUGUGCAGGGCUUAAUGGGGCCACCAGGUAAACCUGGCGAUAGAGGACGAAGAGGGAAAAAAGGGGACACAGGACAGACUGGUCAGAAGGGGCAAUCAGGAAGGGUGGGACCUGAGGGGCAGCUGGGACCCAAGGGGCAGAAAGGUGAGCCAGCCUUACUCCCACCCCCAAUAGCUUUCUCAGCCAGCAGAACCUCACCCCUGGGGCCGGUCAGGGAGGACACCAUAAUCACCUAUGAUCAGGUGUUCCUAAACCAAGGGGAGUCAUUUGAUGUCUACUCAUCUCACUUUGUCUGCAAAGUAAACGGAACCUAUCUGUUCACAGCCCACGUGCUAGGUACACUGGACAACAAUGCAUAUGCCUGGAUUAUGUACAACGGGCAGCCGAUGGUUCCCAUGCACGGGGAUCGGAGGGCCGGAUAUGGAACAGGAAGUAACACACUAAUAUUUCACCUGGUCAGAGACGACCACGUGUGGGUACAGCUGAUGAAGAACUCAUCCUUGCUAAAUGACUAUUCCACAUUCUCUGGUUACUUAAUUCACAAGGACGUUUGA